UCAGAAAAAGAAAAGCUGUAUUGUCUUUGAUUAUUUGAUGGCGUCUUGUUUGAUUGACCGCUCGAUGUUUUGUUGUGACAUUACAUUAGAAUAAGUAAAUUUCCUUUACUUUCAUCUGGAUUCUGGAAUAAAUAAUAUUUUUCAAAAUGUCUUCAUACAAACCUAUUGAUUCUAAACGGGAGGAAUUCAGGCGCUAUUUGGAAAGAGCAGGUGUAAUGGACGCCUUAACCAAAGUUCUAGUUAGUUUAUAUGAAGAGCCCGACAAACCGGAAGACGCCUUGGAGUACGUUCGGAAGCACUUGGGCACUGAUGGCGGGGACGACGAGCUCGAGGCGGCGCGCGCCCGCAUCGCCGAGCUAGAGGCAGAAAACGCUCUGCUCAAGGGCGAAGCACCCCUCGCUGCGGCGGCGGCGGAGCCCGCCGCUCCCGCCGAAACGUAGUGUUCAGAUAUUAAUCACCCCUACUUACAUAUUCAAUUGAUUGAUCUCAAUAUAGCAUAUUAUUACAAUGAUCUCAUAAAAAUUUAUGCCUGUUGACCUUGAAUAAUUAUAAAAAUAUCAGUGUUAUGAUUACUGUGAGAGUAUAGUUUUUGUUAUGUUAUAAGGACAUUAUGUUUAGUUAUAAGUGCAGAGAGCACAAUAAAUUUUUGGUUUGCUUA